GCGGCGGCCGGGCUCGGGAGCGAGGCGGCGGGCGCCUUCCGCGCCCGGGAUGUGAGGACCGAGCGGAGCCCGGGGCGGGGGCGGCAGGAAGGAAGGAGGGACGGACGCACCAGGAGGAGGAGCGGCGGCGGCGGCCGGAGCCGGAAGGCGGGGAGGGGCCGUCCAUUGGGCCCGAGGCGGCGGCGGCGGCCGGGGCGGCCCGCUCUCGUCACCUUCCCGGGCGGGAGCGGCCCGGCCCGCGCCUCCGCCCCCAGCGCCGCGGACGGGGAGGAGGAAGAUGGAGACCCACAUCUCGUGCUUGUUCCCCGAGCUGCUGGCCAUGAUCUUCGGCUACCUGGACGUGCGGGACAAGGGGCGCGCAGCGCAGGUGUGCACGGCCUGGCGGGAUGCCGCCUACCACAAGUCGGUGUGGCGGGGGGUGGAGGCCAAGCUGCACCUGCGCCGGGCCAACCCGUCGCUGUUCCCCAGCCUGCAGGCCCGGGGCAUCCGCCGCGUGCAGAUCCUGAGCCUCCGCCGUAGCCUCAGCUACGUGAUCCAGGGCAUGGCCAACAUCGAGAGCCUCAACCUGAGCGGCUGCUACAACCUCACCGACAACGGGCUGGGCCAUGCGUUCGUGCAGGAGAUCGGCUCCCUGCGCGCCCUCAACCUGAGCCUCUGCAAGCAGAUCACCGACAGCAGCCUGGGCCGCAUAGCCCAGUACCUCAAGGGCCUGGAGGUGCUGGAGCUGGGGGGUUGCAGCAACAUCACCAACACUGGCCUCCUGCUCAUCGCCUGGGGGCUGCAGCGCCUCAAGAGCCUUAACCUGCGCAGCUGCCGCCACCUCUCGGACGUCGGCAUUGGGCACCUGGCGGGCAUGACGCGCAGCGCAGCCGAGGGCUGCCUGGGCCUGGAGCAGCUCACGCUGCAGGACUGCCAGAAGCUCACGGAUCUUUCUCUAAAGCACAUCUCCCGAGGGCUGACCGGCCUGAGGCUUCUCAACCUCAGCUUCUGCGGGGGCAUCUCGGACGCCGGCCUCCUGCACCUGUCGCACAUGGGCAGCCUGCGCAGCCUUAACCUGCGCUCCUGUGACAACAUCAGUGACACGGGCAUCAUGCAUCUGGCCAUGGGCAGCCUGCGCCUCUCGGGGCUGGAUGUGUCGUUCUGUGACAAGGUGGGGGACCAGAGUCUGGCUUACAUAGCCCAGGGGCUGGACGGCCUCAAGUCCCUCUCCCUCUGUUCCUGCCACAUCAGUGAUGAUGGCAUCAACCGCAUGGUGCGGCAGAUGCACGGGCUGCGCACGCUCAACAUUGGGCAGUGUGUGCGCAUCACGGACAAGGGCCUGGAGCUGAUUGCUGAGCACCUGAGCCAGCUCACGGGCAUAGACCUGUACGGCUGCACCCGAAUCACCAAGCGCGGCCUGGAGCGCAUCACGCAGCUCCCCUGCCUCAAGGUACUCAACCUGGGACUCUGGCAGAUGACGGACAGUGAGAAGGUCAGAGUUUGCCUGGUGGAGUUGCCUUUACCAACCCAGGACAUUUGGUACUAUGUAAAGCCAAGUCUUCCAGCUGGAGUGGAAGAGAAAGCAAGCUUGAGAUCCUAACUACACAGCAGUAGAGUGGGGUAUGUUAACCCCUCAAAUAAAAGAAGUGGAACUCC